CACUGAUCUCACUGUAGUUAGGUUGUCAGAGUGCAAGAGAAAUUUGUUCUUGUGUUUAUACAUAUUCAGUGAUAUUCCAUCUGCGUUUUGGUUUCUACGUUUUAACAAAUAUUUUUAAAUCAUAACUAUAUAUAACAAUUUUAUAUACACGUUACGGAAAGCAACGUAAGGUUAAUUAAGGGCGAGACAAGCUGAAAAGCGAUUAUUACAAUUAAACAUAUAAAUUAGUGAAUUACCUACAAAGAGAAAUAUAAACAGCAAUCAUGGCUAAAAUGGCAUUUCAACAUCAAGCAGGAACUGCAAUGGAAUGCUUGAGUAUUCCAAUUACAUUGCACAAAGAUGUAGAUGGAGAAAACCUUAUUUGUGGAUUCAAAAUAGGUGGUGGCAUAGACCAGGAUUGUAGGAAGAGUCCUCAAGGAUACACAGAUAAUGGAAUUUAUGUGACUGAGGUUCAUGAUUCAAGCCCAGCAUCUAGAAGUGGCCUUCGGGUGCAUGACAAAAUAUUGCAGUGCAAUGGCUAUGAUUUUACAAUGGUUACCCAUAAGAAGGCUGUUAGCUAUGUGCAAAAACACACUGUACUUAAUUUACUUGUAGCCCGUAAAGGAGUCACAUCAACUUAAAUAUAAGUUUAUAUACAAACAUUACAAAAGACAUUCCAUGACCCAAGUUUUCAGUAUUAGAAAUGAUUGUGUCAUAGUUACCAAAUAUUCCAAUAUGUGCACCAUGUGUGUUUUAGCGCUUCAUGUUUACUGUUUCUUUACAAAUUGUUCAAAAAUAAAUGUUUUACAGAUCAUUAAAGGCUAUAUACUAUUUUAGGAGAAUAUAAAAAAAAGUAAAUAGUCUAAUCAAUGAGGAAUGUAAUAAAGCCAUUGUAUUGUGUAUGUGAUUUAUGGUUAUGAACAUUAUUUAGAAAAAUAUAUAGUAUACAGCAUAAAUAAGCCAAAAAAAAAAGAACAUUUGUCUGUUCAGGCAAUUUGCUGACCAAAUAUUACAAAUAAAAUGUUAUAUGACCAAA